AUGGCUUGGGUAACCGCAGGGGCAAAAGUCCAUGCAGGCACUGCCUCCAUCCCGCUGCAAGGGAAUACUCUAAACGUGCACAACUUCUUGCAAGGGAGGGAAGAAUAUGACCUGUCAACGAGACGAGGGGAACAGCUCAAAAGCUCCAUAGCCCAAUCGGAAAUAGCGGAUCAUAUUCGCCUAAAGCUCAUGCACCCGUGGCUCAAUAUUGGCUACUAG